CCGGAAAUGGCAACCGUACAGUCUCACAAUUUUAACUUCCAGCAGCUCCAAAGCAGCCAGCCAAAAGUCAAGUCAAGUAAUAACUCCAAGCAACAAACAAUCCAAAAUGAUGCGCAUUUUGUUCCUCUCCAUGCUCCUUGCAGUCUUGAUUGCCAUGGCGUCUGCUGCUUCCCACCAGGAUGAACCCGGUCGUGUGCUUCGUACCCCUGCUUCCCACCAGCCCAAGCAUGAGAUUCGCAAACUUGAUGAAAGUGGAGAAAGUGGAGAUGGUGGAGAUGAAGGUGGUGAAGGCGGAGACAGUGGAGAUAGUGGAGAUAGUGGUGAUGAUGACGACGAAUCGGACUGCUUUGAUACUUGUUGGGGUGACGCUACUGAUGAGGAGAUCGAUGCCUGGACUGAGGACCAAUGGAUUGAAUGGGGGACUUGUGCUGAUACAGCCUGUGAUUGCACGGAUGACGAAUGCGCAGCUGAUGCGGAUUGUUCGGAGGCUACUUGUACUUAGAUGAAUGCAUCCAUGGAGACGAAUGAAGAAGGAAUGAACGAUGG